UUGUAAAAAAAACUUUACGUGUGGUGUGAUGUGACAUGACAGUGUAAAUUAAAUUUCAUUUUAUAAAAUUUAUAAUUCAAUCAAUUUUUAGUAAAUAUGUCGAACGAGAAUGAGUUUGAACCCCUGGAACCAUCACUGAAAAACGUAAUCGACCAAAAGUCCCUACGAUGGAUAUUCGUUGGAGGGAAAGGUGGAGUAGGCAAAACUACGUGCAGUUGCAGCCUGGCUAUCCAACUUUCCAAAGUUAGAGAAUCGGUGCUUAUCAUAUCCACAGAUCCAGCGCACAAUAUUUCAGAUGCGUUCGACCAGAAAUUUUCUAAAGUACCGACAAAAGUAAAAGGCUUUGAGAAUUUAUUUGCGAUGGAAAUUGACCCUAACGUAGGCCUAACAGAGUUGCCUGAAGAGUAUUUUGAAGGAGAGACAGAAGCCAUGAGGCUCGGUAAAGGUGUAAUGCAAGAGAUUGUUGGAGCAUUUCCUGGUAUAGAUGAAGCUAUGAGCUAUGCAGAGGUGAUGAAGCUGGUAAAAGGGAUGAAUUUCAGUGCAGUGGUUUUUGACACGGCCCCCACCGGGCACACCCUGCGACUGCUGUCCUUCCCACAGGUUGUUGAAAAGGGACUUGGGAAGUUAAUGCGCUUGAAAUCUAAGGUGGCACCAUUCAUCAACCAAGUGGCAACAAUCUUCGGACUCGCCGAAUUCAACUCUGACAUAUUCAGCAACAAAAUGGAUGAAAUGCUGUCAGUUAUAACUCAAGUGAACACACAGUUCAAAGAUCCGAAUCAGACAACUUUUGUGUGCGUUUGCAUAGCAGAGUUCCUCUCUUUGUAUGAAACUGAGAGAUUAGUGCAGGAGCUUACCCGAUGUGGUAUAGACACACACAAUAUAAUUGUGAAUCAGUUGUUAUUGCAUGCUUCGGCUCCAUGCGAGCUGUGUGCUGCAAGGCAUAAAGUCCAGGAGAAAUACUUGGACCAAAUUGCUGACUUGUACGAAGACUUCCAUGUAACCAAGCUGCCUUUGCUAGAUAAAGAGGUACGCGGCGCCACAGCUGUGAACGCUUUCUCAGAGUAUCUAAUCAACCCGUAUGUACCGCCCACAUCUAGCACGUAAUAGUAGUAAUAAUAGUAGUAGGAGAGCCGAUGAGGGGAUUUUUGCAGUUACUCGAGCGCGGCAGAUGAACACAAGAGUAUUGCACGUUGUUGAGUACCUCCACCAAGUAUGAGUUCUUAAUAUUGGUGGGUACGUUUAGGGCAACCAAAAAAGAAACUCCAGAAAUACUUAUUCAACCAGCACGUCAGAUUAAGAUAAGGUGGGUGAGCUAAUAGCUAAAAACUGCACAUUUCGAAAGUUACGAUUUGAGCGUAACGUAAUGGAAUGAGAGGGUUUCUAAGUUACAAAAUAAAACCCUUAUAUUUUAGUUCUCGAGAUACGAGCGCGAUUAAUUUAUUACUUAUUUGGAAGGAAAUAACCUAGUAAUUAAUCGCUAAAAUUUUGUGACAAUUUCAGUAAGCAAUUUGCUUUUUAAGUCUGUAGUUUUUUUUUCCACCGAUGAAAGCGGAAAAAGUAAAUAACCAUUUAUUCUUCGUAUAACUUAAUCUACCAAAUGCAAUCGGCCCCCAUGACGCUCGAGUAACUGCAAAUUUAGCAUCCUGGGCUCCCCUACUAUAAUAUAUAAUGUAGCAUUAUUAUUUCCUAUUUAAUUAUAAUUAUAGGUUGGGGGCUUAAACCGUAAUAGAAUGCGGUUAUUGAGACAAAUUAUUAAGAGCUAAAGGCUAGUUAUUAAUAUUUUCUUUUAGUAAAUCACAUUUGAUUCGAAAAUCAGUAAUUAAUGUAAUCAUAAAUUAAGAUAAUUAAAAAGUUUCGUGAAAAAUAUCUAGCUUAAAUCAAAUUUAAAAGCAUUUCAGUACUUGUCAAAAUAUUGUAAGUACAAUUAUUUUUUUUAAUUCCAUAAUUACCUUGAGUAUAAUGGAAUGCAAUUAUUUCAUUGAUAGAGUAUAAUGGAAUGCAAUUAUUUCAUUAUAGAGUAUAAUGGAAUGCAAUUAUUUCAUUAUAGAGUAUAAUGGAAUACAAUUAUUCCAUUAUACUCAAAAAUAAAAUUACCUGAUUUUUUUUCAAUUUAAAAGAUAAAAAUGAGAAAAUUUACACCCCUUACUCUAUUAUUAACUACCAUGGUCACGAUUUUUAAAUAUUUGUAUUUUUUUUGUAUUUGCAACCUAAAUAGUGCCACGUCAAUCGUUAAAAAUCCCAGAAUCCGUAUUGUUUUCCUUGUUGAAAGUAAAAAUCUUUUAAAAUGUUAGGUGGGCCGGGAUAGCCCAGUGAAUAUGUCCUUCGAUUCGGAGGGCGUAGGUUCAAAUAAAAAAAAAUAUAUAUCACAUGUCUCAAAGAUGAAGGGAAAACUCCGUGACAAACCAUCCGCAUUGGGCCAGUGUGGUGGACUAUUAAGCCUAACUCCGCUCAUUUUGAGAGGAGACUCGUGCUCAACAGCAAGCUGAAUAUGGUUUUUAAUGAUGAUUUCAGGAUUUGAUGAUGAUGAUGCCGAUAAUUCAAAGAUUUUACGGGAUUUUUUUGAAUAAAAUUUCUAUGUAGGUUACUGACUCAAAUAAAACACAUAUUUAAAAAAUUUACACCAUACCAUUAUUAAUAGCACAAGGAAUAUCAAUUUUCAAUUGUAAACAUUUUCUUCUUGAACUUAAAAAAAAUUGAGAUAAGUUUUUUUUUUUCAUCUUUCUUGAGUAGUUUUAAGCAGGUCCAUUUUCUAGAGGCGGCUUUAAAUUUUAGAACACGGUGUUUAAGCAAUGCCUUAUAUAAAUUACUGUGUAGGUGUAGCUUAAUAUAUGUACCUACUAUAAUACUAAUGGUUCAGUCAUGAUUCUAUAUAUUAAAAUUUUGAUGUGAUUCAGUUGAAUACAAAUGCCUUCUCAAAAUGUUUCUUUUAUUAGAAAAAGUUGACACCAACAAGUGAUAUUUACAAAAGUACGUGUAAAUAUAUGUUCAUUUGAAUAUCAUCGAAAUGUAUAGUGUUCCAGAGUGUUAAAAUAUUUAUCUUUGUUUAUAUGACAAAUAUUCCAAAUAAAAACUUAUUCUAUACAAA